GGUUGUUGUUCGUAACUUGACGAUGGCUCGACGGCCACCAGAUGGAAUUCAGCACUAGCUUCACAACAGAUUCUUCACAUUUUAAAUUGUGUCGCACACAUUUUUAGCUGACUUUCGUGUUAACCAACAGCACUGGCGUCACCAUAACAAUCUCGUCUCUGAGGCUUGAGCGGGUUUGGACAUUUAAAGAACAUCGAACAAAGCUGUUGUUGCUGUCCCAAGGUGAGUGCGUCGCCAUCAUGCCUCUGUUUGGAAAAAACCCUAAGAGUCCGGCGGAUAUCGUCAAGACCCUGAAGGAAAACCUGGCUAUCCUGGUCAAACACGAUAAGAAGACAGACAAGGCAUCUGAAGAGGUGUCAAAGUGUUUGGUGUCCAUGAAGGAGAUCCUGUAUGGGAGCAACGAUAAGGAGCCUCACACGGAGACUGUGGCCCAGCUGGCACAGGAGCUGUAUGUCAGCGGGCUGCUGAUAGCGUUGGUAGAAAACCUCCAGCUCAUAGACUUUGAGGGGAAGAAGGACGUAUGUCAGAUCUUCAACAACAUCCUGAGGAGGCAGAUCGGAACCAGGAGUCCGACUGUUGAAUACUUCUGUUCCCACCAAGAGGUCCUUUUCAUACUGCUGAAAGGGUAUGAGACACCCCAGGUAGCAUUGAAUUGUGGAAUCAUGCUGAGAGAAUGCAUCCGCCAUGAGCCGCUUGCCAAGAUCGUUCUUCACUCAGAGCACUUCCACAGUUUCUUCAACUACGUGGAAAUGUCAACCUUUGAUAUCGCCUCGGACGCCUUUGCCACCUUCAAGGAUCUCCUGACAAGACACAAAGUGCUUGUGGCUGAAUACCUUGAACAGAACUAUGAUGCGGUGUUUGCAGACUAUGAGAAGCUGUUGCACUCUGAGAACUAUGUCACCAAGAGGCAGUCGCUAAAGCUGCUGGGCGAGCUCUUACUGGACAGACACAACUUCACGGUGAUGACGCACUACAUUAGCAAGCCUGAGAAUCUCAAGCUGAUGAUGAACCUGCUCAGAGACAAGAGUCCCAACAUCCAAUUUGAAGCCUUCCAUGUCUUCAAGGUGUUUGUAGCCAAUCCCAACAAGACGCAGCCAAUCAUUGACAUCCUUCUCAAGAACCAGACCAAACUAAUCGACUUCCUGAGCAGCUUCCAGAAAGAUCGUACAGAUGACGACCAAUUCAAUGAUGAGAAGACCUACCUAAUCAAACAGAUCAGAGAUCUGAAGAAACCAGCCUCCUAAAGAAACAUUCCCCUUUAGCCUAACUUUUUAUCAAUAGGAAGAUCUAGAAAAGAAACAAACAGUAACAAUAACAGUUCUCCUAUUUAAAAAAAAUUCAAGAAUUCUUUUUUUUUUCCCCGCCGCUGGCUCAUUAAAAUUCAUAUAAGAAUAGUUCUCAUUCACUUUUUUGUAAUUUAUUUUAAAUUUCUGUAGCAUGUAGUGCCACAGCUCCACUGUGUUGGAGGCAGCUGAUUUGUUCUGUUGGGAGAACCAAUGGUUGAAAAGCCUUAGCAGCUGGUAUAGAGAAAAUGUAGUGUUUUUCAUCACCACUCGGGGGUGCUCACGCUCUUGGUUGGUGGACAUAAUUGUUAAAGUGCAAAAAUGAAAAGUUAAGAAUUCUGCCUUUUUAAAAUUGGUCAACCAAUACAGAUUUUAGAAUGGAACUGCUCUUAAACAGGAGGACUUAAACUUUCUUCUUUAUCAAGGUGAUAGACCAAAAAAGGACCAUUUUCUUAUUGGCGUACCAAGUUGCAGUUUUUAGGUUUGCCACCUCCUAGUGAAGCCUAAAACGUGCCCCUCAUAGUACCAACAUCAUUGGAUUAAUUUGACAUAAUGUAAAAGAUUGAGUUACUGUAUUUAUGUAGAUCACAUUAAAAUUGCAAUCCCCCUUUUUUUUAAACCAUUUGUCUUAAAAAAAAAAAAAAAAAAAG